AUGCACAUGCGUACCCUUGCCCCUCUGCUCGCCGCGCUCGCCGCGCUCGCCGGCCUUCCCGCGGUCCUUGCUCGUCCCUUUGACGGGACCGGCACUGAUUUCCUCCUCCCUCGUGCCAACCCAGACUUCCCCAAUCCCAAUGUUGACCCCUUCUACCAGGCGCCCGACUCGCUCGCGCCUGCUCAAAACGGCCAGGUCCUCAAGCGGAGGCCGGUGCCCACCACUAUCCAGAGCAUCCACCUCGACUCGACCUACCAGCUGUACUACCGCACCGAAAACACCCAGGGAUCGCCGACGGGUACCGUCGCCACCAUCUUCGUGCCCAAGAAGCCUGCCUCGCCUCCCAAGGUGCUCUCGGUGCAAUGGUACGAAGACGCGGUCUCGUUCGACUGCUCGCCGAGCUACGCGCUGGUGCAGAACAGCGGCUCGUCGAGCGCCGUCAUCGCUUUCCUAGACAUUGGAAUCUACACGCAAUGGGCGCUCUCCCAGGGAUACUACGUCGUCCAGGCCGACCAUGAAGGGCCCAAGGCGUCGUUCAUUGCCGGCUUCAACUCAGGCAAGGCGGUUCUCGACGGCAUCAAGGCCCUGAUAAACGACCAGAAAUUGCCCCAGGAUACCCAGGUGGCCAUGACCGGCUACAGCGGAGGUGCUCACGCCACCGUCUGGGCCGAGACGCUGCACGAGGAAUACGCGCCCUCGAUCAAGCUCGUCGGCAGCGUGCAUGGCGGUACGCCAGUGGACCCUCGAGGCACCUUGCUCCUCAUCAACAAGGGUCCAUUUGCCGGCUUCGCCUUUGCUGGCCUCAUCGGCCUCAUGUCGCAGCACCCCGACCUCGAUGCAUAUGUGCGGUCCAUCCUCGGCGACGCCGGCAGGAAGAAGCUGGCCGAAUUCACGUCGAACGGCUAUUGCUUGCCCUCGGUGGUCGCCUUGUCGCCCUUCCAGGAUAUCUUCUCGUACACCAACGCGACUGACCCCAUCAACAACCCGAGGGUUGUCAAGGUCCUCAAGGAAGAAUCGCUGCUGAGCAGCUACUCGAGCCGAUCCGUGCCCGUGCCCAAGCAUCCGCGCCUCAUCUUCCACGGCGUCCUCGACGAGAUCGUACCCUACAAGGACAAUGCCCAGUACGUCCGCGAACAGUGCGCCAAGGGGGCCGACAUCCAGUUCAACUCCCUGGUCGCCGAGCACAUCACCGGCGAGCUGUUCGGCAUCGUCGGCGUCAUCAACUUUCUCAAACAGUCGUUCGCAGGCGAGAUCCCCAAGGUCAAGUGUGGUAGCAUCCUCCCCGAUUAUCAGAUCGGCCUCUUCGACCCCCGAGCCGACGACAUCAUGGGCAAGGAUAUCGCCGAUGAGGCCCGCAGCCUCAAGGGCAAGAAAUCGCCUUUCGGCGGCAACUUUUAG